AUGGACAACUACCACGACGGCGUUUACGGCGGGUCCGAUUUCGACUAUCGACCACGUUACGGAUCAGCGGGCUACGGAGCAGAUCCAGGAUCUCAGAACUCGGGACAACCCACUCCACCACCACUCCUAAUGCACGCGUCGUCGUCGUCAAAUGGGGCUGGCGUUACCUCACCCUCCGACCAGGUGUCCGGAGGUUCGAGCGCGGUGCCCACGCCAGGCCCUGGACAAUCGGGACCCCGUCGAAUGUCUACCUCGUCGCGCAUUGAGGGCAAGGACGAGCCCAUUGGCUUUGACGAGGGCAUCCUCCGCGGGCUCUGCGACAUGGACUGUGCACUGCCUCUCCUCGCGGACCGAAUAAAACAGAGCAUCGCAACGUGCAAGCAAGUCGGAACCUUCUUCAGGCAACGCUCAGAUGUCGAGGAAAAGUACGCGCGCGGACUCACAGACGUUGCUCGCACCUCGAACGAAGUGUAUAGCAAGGCGGACUGCAAGGCGGGUUCAUUUGUGGCCUCUUUCCAAGCCGCCCUGCGCUUGCAGGAGCAGUUGGCUCAGAACCGUUUACGGUUCUCGCAGCGGUUGAACGAGAUGAGCGAGGAGAUGUUCGCGUUGAGCCGGGAGGGAGAGCGGCAGCGCAAGCAGCACAAGGACAAUGGUACUCGGCUGCAGAACAUCUUGCAAGACAGCGAGACGGUCAUGGACAAGGCCAAGGGCCGCUUUGAUCAGACGGCAGAGGAACUGGAGCGCAUCCUCGUGGCCAAGGAAGGAGAGAGCUUCCGUGAUGCAGGAAUGCGCUCCGCCAACGCCGCGAACGCCGCGGCCGGUAACGGCCUCCCUCAAGGUAGCGGCAAGAAGGGCAUCGGCAAGGCGAUGACCAAGGGUCUAUUCAAGGGCAAGAAUCCGGCCCAAAUGGCCAAGCACGAGGACGACGUCCGCGCUCGCAUGGCGUUGACGAGCGAGGCGUUCCGCAAGGCUUGUCUGGAGAGCCAGGCGUUGCGCCAGGAGUACUUCAACCACCAGUUGCCCAGGAUUGUUCGCUUGCUUAAGGACUGCGCGGACGAACUCGACAACGGUAUGCAGUACCAUCUCACGCGCUACGCGUACAUGUACGAGUCGACUGUGGUGUCUGAAGGCACCCUCCUGAGCCCGCGCGACCCGGAAGAUGCGGGCAUGAAGGCCAUCUUCGACUUGAUUGACAACCGAUCCGACUUUAGGGCGUACAUGCAGAACUACGCUGUCGCUCGCAACGCACCAAGAGGCCCUCGCCGCGAAGGACUGUACGACGAAGGCUACUUACCACCUAUUUCGAACGGCAACGGCAACCUGCCGCAACCACAAACCCAGACCGGCACAUCCCCAGCUUCCACAGCCGACAUGUAUGUCAGCCCUGGUAUUCCAGCGAACUCGGGGGCCACGUUCGGCGUGGACCUUGGCGACCAGCUGGCACGCGAUGGCACAGAAGUGCCCAAGGUGGUCAUCAAGUGUGCUGAAGCGAUCGAGGCCUAUGGUCUCGAUUCGGUCGGCAUCUACCGGUUGUCGGGCACCACGUCGAAGGUGACGGCGCUCAAGAACGCGCUCGACAAGGACGUCGACGGCGUGGAUAUAAUGGACGAGGCGUGGAGCUCGGACAUCAAUGAGGUGUCUGGCGCACUGAAGUUAUGGUUCCGCGAGCUGCCCGAGCCGCUGCUCACAUACGGCCUGUACCAUGGGUUCAUUGACGCGGCCAAGAAGGACAUUGACCGCCUGCGGCACAUCAGACUGCACGAGCAGGUCAACGACCUCCCAGACCCCAAUUACGCGACGCUCAAGUACUUUAUGGGUCACCUGGACAAGGUCCGCCGUCACGAGGGCGUCAACCAGAUGUCGGCGUCGAACUUGUCGAUUGUCUUUGGCCCUACUCUUCUCGGCGCACCGCCAGAGGAGGGCGGCCUUAAGCUUGAGGACAUGAGCUACCAGUGCAAGGCCAUUGAAACCAUCCUUGAGAAGUACCACGAGAUUUUUGUGGAGGAGGAGGAUGAGGCCGAGGACGGCGCUGCGCAGGCGCAGCAGUAG